GGACACCGGGCUCAGAUGAAGACUUGUCUAUCUGACUCAUUAUUCAGAUUCGGAGCACCUUAGGUGUUGAUAUCGUGCAGACUUAUAAAGUUGCAUGUUUUGACACACACUUGAGAAACUCAUUGACCUUUGACCUCAUGGGUGCCACCAAGCUUCCCCAUGCUUCUCCUUCCCCGUCCGCUAAAGACACAUCACCAACGAACACCCUGGUCACCACGGAUAUAGUGGUGCUGGUCAUCUACUUCAUCUUGAUCCUGGCUGUGGGAUUAUGGUCAAUGUGGAAGACCAAAAGGAGCACAGUAGACGGGUACUUUCUGGCAGGCAAAAACAUGACCUGGUGGCCGGUGGGCGCGUCACUUUUUGCCAGUAAUGUUGGCAGCGGUCACUUCAUUGGACUGGCAGGCUCAGGGGCAGCAGCUGGUAUUGGUGCCACUGCUUAUGAAUGGAACGGAAUGAUCAUGGUGUUGCUUUUGGGCUGGCUAUUUUUGCCCAUCUACAUUGCAUCAAGGGUCACAACAAUGCCGGAGUAUUUACAGAAAAGAUUUGGAGGCAAAAGAAUACCGUUAUUCCUUUGUGUUUUAUAUCUUUUUAUUUACAUCUUCACCAAAAUAUCAGUGGACAUGUAUGCAGGAGCCGUGUUCAUCCAGCAGGCUUUCCAGUGGAACAUCUACCUCGCCGUGGUUUUGCUUCUGGGCAUCACAGCCCUCUACACCAUAGCGGGUGGUCUGGCAGCUGUGAUCUACACUGAUGCAGUUCAGACUGUCAUCAUGGUAAUAGGAGCCUUGAUCCUCAUGGGCUUCAGUUUUUCGGAGGUAGGAGGAAUUCAAGCGGUUCUGGACAGGUAUCCUCAGGCCAUACCCUCCGUCCGAGUCCCCAACACUACCUGCGGGAUUCCUCGAGAAGACGCCUUUCAUAUUUUCCGUCACCCCGUGACCUCUGACCUCCCCUGGCCGGGGGUCAUUCUGGGCAUGUCUGUGCCCUCCAUGUGGUACUGGUGUUCUGACCAGGUUAUAGUCCAGCGCUCGCUGGCUUCUAAAAACAUUCUUCAUGCUAAAGGAGGAUCUUUGCUGGCUGCUUACCUCAAAGUUCUGCCCUUCUUCAUGAUGGUCCUCCCUGGCAUGAUAAGCAGGAUCCUUUAUCCAGAUGAGGUGGGUUGUGCAGACCCUGACGUGUGUAAGCAGGUGUGUGGGAACCCGGUGGGCUGCUCUGACAUCGCUUAUGCCAAACUAGUCAUGGAACUUCUUCCUGCAGGUCUGAGGGGUUUGAUGAUGGCCGUCAUGCUGGCCGCUCUCAUGUCCUCCUUGACCUCUAUAUUCAACAGUUCCAGCACUAUCUUCACCAUGGAUCUGUGGAGGUACGUCCGGAGAUCUGCUUCUGAGUGGGAGCUCAUGAUCGUGGGCAGAGUAUUCGUGUUGGUGUUAGUGGUGGUGUCAGUGCUGUGGAUUCCGCUGGUUCAGGCCAGUCAGGGUGGACAGCUCUUCAUCUACAUUCAGUCCAUCAGCAUGUACCUGCAGCCUCCAGUAUCUGUGGUCUUCCUCAGUGGAUGCUUCUGGAAACGUGCUAAUGAGAAGGGGGCGUUCUGGGGGCUGAUACUGGGCAUAUUGGUGGGAUGCAUACGGAUGAUUUUGGACUUUGUGUACCCCACACCAGUCUGCUACGAGAGCGACACCAGACCCGACAUCGUCAAAUAUGUUCACUAUUUGUAUUUCUCCAUCAUUCUCACUGUCUUCACACUCAUCGUGGUGGUUUGUAUUAGUUUGGCUACAGAGGAGCCCAAACCUGAGCAGAUCAGUCGAUUGACGUGGUACACACGUUUUGAUCCAGUGAAGAUGACUGACGAGGUUGCCAUUACAGAUCUCUACACAAUCGAGACAGACACACAGUACACAAAAGAGAUGGAAACCGAUGCCCACAAAACAAAAGACGACUUCUGCGGUACUGAGCCCGAUGAGAAGAGUUCAUCGAAGCUGAAAUCUGCUUUGUUAUGGAUCUGUGGAAUGGAGAAGGAAAAGGGAGAGAAACCCACAAGCCCUCCUCCAGACACGCCGGUGUGCUCGCUCAAUGAAGACCCCUGCAUGAGUCACCUGUUAAACGCAAACCUGAUCGUCUGUCUGUCUGUGGCUGUGUUUCUCAUUGCUUACUGGGCCUAGCCUCAUGUUUUUGAUCACGUAUGGAAGUGAAUCUCAUCAAACCCUGUGCAGCUCAUGAAAAAAACAGAGCUGG